AUGCUUGCCAAGGAUAACUUGAAGAAGACAACAAUUAGAGGUCUUUUAUCUGCUAUCAAAAACAAGGAGAUUGAUAACAAGAGCAAGGACCUAGACGAAUUUGCUUUGUACGAUAUCUACUCCAAGCUAAUCUCUCAAAGAGCCGACUCUAUCAACGAAUUUAUCAAGAACAAAAGGGAGGACUUAGUUGAUAAGGAAGCUAGUGAAAUAAAGAUUAUUGAAGUAUACCGCGAUGCCUUACCAGUUGCAUCUCAAAAAGAAGUAGACGCUCGGGUCUUGGAUAUCCUAAAGACGUUCAAGAAUGAAGAUCCAAAGAUGCAAUUAAAACAAAUCUUUCAAAAAAUCGACUGGAAAACUUUACCUAAUGAUUUAAAAGCAUCACCUGCAGCUAUUCGCUCUAGCAUUGGCGCUCAAUUUAAAAACGUUUUCAGUAAUUGA